AUGAAUGAGCUUCUGUCUUCUGUGUGGCAAAACAUACCAUUUUUUGAAAAGUCGAAAUUUAUAUAUAACUCUUCAAAGGAAUGCAGAUACAGCAGCUGGCAGCUCUAUGCACCAAGACAUCAAAAAUGGAAUAAACACGUACACGUGCCGGGGCAUCGUGACGUACACGUGCCGGGGGAUUAUGAUGUAGACGUGCCGGUGGAUUGUGAUGUAGACGUGCCGGUGGAUUGUGAUGUAGACGAGCCGGGGGAUUGUGACGUACACGUGCCGGGGGAUUGUGACGUACACGUGCCGGGCGAUCGUGACGUAGACGUGCCGGGGGAUUGUGAUGUAGACGUGCCGGGGGAUUGUGACGUACACGUGCCGGGGGAUCGUGACGUAGACGUGCCGGGGGGUUGUGACUUAGACGUGCCGCGGGAUUGUGAUGUAGACGUGCCGGGGGAUUGUGACGUAGACGUGCGGCGGGAUUGUGACGUAGACGUGUCGGGGGAUUGUGAUGUAGACGUGCGGCGGGAUUGUGACGUAGACGUGUCGGGGGAUUGUGAUGCAGACGUGCCGGGGGAUUGUGACGUAGACGUGCCGGGGGAUUGUGACGUAUACGUGCCGCGGGAUUGUGACGUACACGUGCCGGGGGAUUAUGAUGUAGACGUGCCGGUGGAUUGUGAUGUAGACGUGCCGGUGGAUUGUGAUGUAGACAUGCCGGGGGAUUGUGACGUACACGUGGCGGGGGAUUGUGACGUACACGUGCCGGGCGAUCGUGACGUAGACGUGCCGGGGGAUUGUGAUGUAGACGUGCCGCGGGGAUUGUGA